UCUCUCCUCCAGAGGAAACAGCUGUUGCUCGGGGACAAGAUGGAUCUGUCCUCCUACCUGCUGAAGCCUGUGCAGAGGAUGAGCAAAUACGCCCUGCUGCUGACUGACAUCAUGAAGGAGGUGGGCGGGGCCCCGGGGGAGGAGCUUAUCGCUCAGGAGGCGGAGCUUAGCGCUCUGCAUGACGCCACCAACAUGGUGAAGUUCCAGCUUCGCCACGGCAAUGACCUGCUGGCCAUGGACGCCAUCCGGGACUGUGACGUGAACCUGAAGGAGCAGGGUCAGCUGAUCAUUACACAGAUAUAA